AUGAAAGAAAAAAAUGGCGGCACGUUUCAAAAUGGCGUCAUUUUUUUUCCUCUCCUAUUCUUCUUCUCCUUCCCUCUUCCUCUCUCUCUCUCUCUCUCUCUCUCUUUCUUUCUUUCUUUCUUUCUUUCUUUGUCUUUAUCUCUUCUUUCUCUAAAUCUCUCUCUCUCUCUCUCUCUCUCUCUCUCUCUCUGUCUCUAUCAGUUUAUUAAUAUCAUUCUUCGAUUCGUUUUUCUCUCUCGACUGUUUCUCUCUCCCUCUCUUUUUCACUUUCUCCCUCUAUCUCACUCUCUCCUUCUUUCUCGCUCACUCCCUCUCUAUCUUCCUCUAGAUCUCUUUCUCUCACCCUCUCUUUCUCCCGCUCUUUCUGUCUCUUACUUUCUCUCCGUCUAUUUCUCUCUUUCUUUCUCUCUUUCUCUCACAUUCUCACCUUCUUUCUCUCUCUCCCUGUCUUUCUAUCCCUUCCUCUCUCUUUCCUUCUCUCUCUCUUUCUCUAACUCUCUCUCCCUUUUUUUUUUUCUUUUCUCUUUUUCUUUUCUUCUUCUGAUUUUUCCUUUUUUCUUAUUUUUCUUUCUUCCAUUUUCUCUUUCCUAUAAAUUUCCUUUGCACAUUUCCUCCUUCAUAUUCUUCUUUCUUUCCAUAUUUUCUUUGUUCCUUUCUUUCGGGUCAUUCUUUUUCUUCUUCAUCUUCUAA